GAGUCGCUGCACUUGACUGUGCCGACCUCCCUGGUGGAGUUCGGGGAUAUUUUUCCAUCCGCGUAAGACCCCCUGGUCGAGGGGCAGCACCGGAGCCCAAGGGCAGACCUGGUAUUGGUGAGCAGAGGUUUUUCAGGGAGGCUGGCAAGUUUUUACCUGCAGGCCGGGAACCAGAACGGGCAAUGGACAAUGGUGCAGCAAGUGCGGCGCAAGCUGGGCAGAAUGAUCCGGCCCAGGCGGGGCAGCAAGCUGGUGUUAUUCCACUGGACCAGGUGGACAGAGUGGUGAGACAAAGGCUGGAGCAGGCUUUCAAUGGAGUAUUCGGGCGACUUUUAGCCACAACGGAAAAAGCGGCGGCAGCUGCGGAAGCGAGCGCGAGCUCGCGCAAGACGGAAAGCAUGAUGAAGGGGCUGAAGGUCGACACCUUCAAGCCCACAACUCGAGAAGAAGAAUUGAGAGGCUGGAAAGAAUGGUGGUUUGGGUUUUCCACUUAUGUUUGUGGGCACGACGUGGCCUAUGAAGAUGACUUCAAGGGCAUCGACCUGAACGUGGAAGUGGACCACAGUCUUUUGAGCGAUGCUGAGGUGGAGCGCAGCAGAAAGCUCUACAGCUUAUUGUGCUCCCUCCUCAAAGGGAGACCCCUGCUCCUUAUCAAGGGGCUGGAGUCCUCAAAGAAUGGUUUCGAGGCUGUUCGCCUGCUGCGGCUUGCCAUGGAGCCGCAAGAGAAGACAAGGAGUCUGGCGUUGUUGCGCCAGCUGGCAACGUGGACCUUCCAAGGUGGCGUGGGGCUUCAGGAGCAAAUCGUGAAGUACGAGGAGGCCCUAAAGAUGUAUGAGGACGCGAGUGGAAAAGAGUAUCCUCAGGAGAUGGUUUUGGCCACGGUGGUGAAUGGCCUCAAGGACCCUCUUCGGAGCCAGGUGCAGAUGAGGCUGACCAACCGCACCACCUAUGCCGAGGUGAAGGAGUGGGUCACCCAAUAUGAGAACCUCAAUGCGCCUUGGAGUUCCUCAUUGCAAGGCGGCAGGGGAGCAAGGCGCGACGACCCACAGCCUAUGGAGAUCGACGCCAUCAAGGGCAAACCUGGCAAGGGCAAAGCCAAGAACGGCAAGGGCAAAGACAAGAACGGAAAAGGGAAAGGAAAGGAUGGAAAGGGCAAGUUCAAAGGAAAGCCCGGAGAAGGAAAAGGCUGGAACUCUUGGACCGGCUGGCAAGACGGCGGCGGAAAGUGGAAGCAGCAACCUGGAGGAUGGAAGCAGCAGGGCGACUCAAGCUCUAGCCCGGGUGCCUGGAGCACCGGCACCUGGAACAAUGGCGGCGGCUGGGGCAAUGGCGCCUGGAACGCGGGCAAGGAGAACAAGGGCAAGACCGGGAAGGGCAAAGGUGGUGGCUGCAACAUUUGCGGCGACCCUCGGCAUUGGAAGAACGAGUGCCCCAAGGCGAAGGGCAAGGGAGUGAGUCAAGUGGAGCAGGCGUCGUCGGCGAGUUCAACGGCCGGGGUUUCGACAAGCGCCUCUUCCCUGCCUUCGUCUGCUUCUGCCCUUAGGGGCCAAGGGGCGUAUGGCAUCAACCGCGUCAGGGCCUUCAACUGCGGAACGCCCCCAGGGUGCAGGGUGACAGAGGUAUUUGAUAUUUCCGAGCUGGAGGAUGAAGGGGAGUUCUCGCUUGAUGGGCCCGAGGUCUUGAUGAUCAGCGCGGUUGGCCUUGUAGACUUCCCGGAGGCAAGGGCUAAAGUGGAGCACAUCGGCUUUGCAGUCCCGGCCGGUGUCCCCGUCUUCUCCAUGGACCAUACCGACGGCGACGGGGAAUACACGGUGGCCGGCGAGGACCCAGAGGUGUUCAGAGUUCUUGCCGUGACCGGCCAGAGCAGGGAAAUGGACGUUGUCAUUGACAGCGGGGCUGAUGUGUCUGUGGCCCCCUUGCACUUCAAGAGCUACGGUUGCCCAACCAGGCGGUCGGGAAUAGUUAUGCAAGACGCCCAGGGCCGGAAAAUCACGGAGGUUGACACGAGGAUCCUUGAGGUCAGUGUCCAGACCUUGGCCGGGGACGAGGUGACGAUCAGGGAGCGGAGGGAGGCCUGUGAUUCACAACCGCCCCCACAAAGUCCCAAUACGCUGGGCGCGAUGAUCUCCGAGGUGGCCGCACCGAACGAGGAGGAGGAGGCAGAGCUCUCCGAAAGGGCAACAGCCCAAGACACCACAGCCCCAGGGCCGAGGCGGGGCAUCAACAUGCUGACCUUCGACGAUAUCGGCCCUUUGCCACCAGAGUUGGAGGAUGUGGUUCAGGUGCCGGGGUGGCACAUUGUCCCCAGCGGUCUUCCAGUGCUGGUGACACACGCCACCGAGGAGCUCGAGCUUGAACGUUCUCUUUGGGAUGUCAGCGAUUGGUGCUGGCUUGCUGUGUUCGUCAAGGUUGAAGCCAGCAAGGGCCUGCCAAAAGCAGGUGAUGUGUGGGUGCAGGUGAUGGCAAUGGAGACCGAGAGCUUUGAGGCAGCGCCAAAGAACCUGGCCGAGAUCGACGAGGAGCUUGCCGGGAAACAUGACACAGUGGUGGUUCUCCACGUAGACGAGCUGCCUAAGAACCUGCUGACAGAGCCCAUGGACUAUUUCAAGGAGCCGUUUGGAGGUGAAGUGGCGGUCCUCGUGGGCAACGACGCGGCAGGCAUUGGCGAAGAUCCCAUGGAGGUGGUCGGUGAGGGCCGCACACACGAGCGCGAGCAAGCCGAUGAGAUCGAGGAGCUUGAGGGGGUGCGGCUCGAAGAGGCAACGCCCCUAAAAGAGCUGAGACGGCUUUGCGACAAGAUGGGCCUUCCCAAAUCGGGGGGGAAGCCAAAGGUGCUCAGGCGGCUACGGGACCACUAUGAGACCCUGGAGAAGCGCCUCAGCGCAGAGAUUGCGCGGAAGAUGUACCAGGAGGCCGAGCGCAUCCCGGAGAUGCCUAAGCUGCCUAAGCUCCCGAGCGUGGUUCAGCAGCAGCUCCAUAAUGUCACGCACCAUCCCUUUGCUGCUUGGUGCGAGGCUUGCGUCCUUGGGCGGUCAAAGCAAAGUGCGCACCCGAAGGCGAGUCCCGAGCAGCCGGUGGAAGAAGCAAGGAAGGUGCCCAAGAUUGAGAUCGACUAUUGCUACACCUUCACGAAGCAUCGUCAUGAACUACAAGAGGGAGAAGAAACUGAGCCGAAGGCCGAGGAGGAGCGAGCCGAGGGCGAUGCGGAUGACGCCGCGAGGCGUGCCGAGGGCAACGAGCCGGAGAGCAAGGCCGCGAACCCGGAGGACACCAAGAUCGAUUACCGCGACCAGUAUGGCCUUACCUUGGUGGCGGCUGAAAGCAGCACUGGGUGGCUGCUUGCCAUCCCGGUGUUGGAAAAGGGAGCUGGAGCCCUGAAGCGGGUUGUGGAGCAGUUGGUUCGUUUAUCCCUCCAGGUGGCACCAGGACAAGCGGUGCUAUUUCAAGGAGACCCUGAGCCCUCGAUUCGCCAAAUUAUCAAUGCAUGCGAGGCUUGCCGCUCGCGGCUGGGUUUGGCCACGGAGAAGAGAUGGGUGCCAAGGGCCAGCCACGCCAGCAAUGGGCAGGCCGAGAAAGCCAUCCAGACCAUCAGGACCAACGGUCUGACCCUGAGAUCCUUUGUUGAGGCAAGGAUUGGCGCCUCAAUUGAAGGGCACCGACACUUUUACCCGUGGGUGAUGCGACAUGCUGGGUUCUUGUACAACAGGUUCUCUGUGAACCCCCGCGGCGCCACAAGCUAUGAGCUCAUGCAUGGCCGCGCUUUUCGUGGGCAACUGGUGCCGCUGGGCGAACAAGUCCUUUACUACCGACCCAGCAAACACAGAGGAGAUUUACAAUGGUGCCGGGGCACCUGGUUAGGUGUUCAUGAAAGAAACGGGGCGCACCUGAUUGGCACCGCCGAGGGCAUCCACGAGACACGCUCUAUUCGAAGACUACCUGAAGAACAACAAUGGGAUGCAACAGCCCUGCUUGGAAUGAAGGGGCUGCCGUGGUCGUACAUGGGUCGCGGAAAACGCAAAAGACCGCUUUACACUGGGGCGGCUGCCACAAGAGUUCCAUUGCUGCCCGACUCUAGCACCUUGGAGGAACUCGCUCGGGCGGCAGGCCCGGACCGGGGCCAGGGCCAGACGAGGCGGGGUCAGAUCCCUCCUCGAGCCCUAGCUCCCGAGGAGGCACGGCACGAGAACCAGACAGACCACAAGAGGAAUCACAACAGCGACUUCGAGCACAAGGGGGCGAUCACAGCCAACAGGAACGAGAACCAGGCAGACCACACGAGGAAUCACGACAGCGACUUCAAGCACCACUUGGGAGGGUGGAGUUCCGAGGGAGAGGCCGGACGAGCUGGGGGUCGCGGUGUGAACCAGGUCUGCGAUGACAUUCCAGGGCAAGAGCUGGCUGGACUUGACACCUGGGACCCCGAGGUCGAAGAAGUCCUGGAGGAGGAGUGGUACAACGCAGAUGGCAUCGACGAGGCCUGGUGGGACGAGUUCGGCGAGAAGCCCCCCGAGGUGACCGAAGAGGAGCUGGUGAUGAUCGACCGACGGGCUGACCUGGUCGAGUUGGAAAGGCUCAUGAGCAUGGGCGUGGCGCGCUUCCCCAACAAAGGCGAGGACCUCUCCCAGCAUGAGCUCUUGACGACAAAGCUUGUGCGAGAUUGGAGGAAGCGUCCGGACUGGACUCGCAGGGCCCGGCUGGUGGCGAGAGAAUUCAGAACACUGUCGGCUUGGACAAGCGAUAUGUUCGCUCCCGCAAGUUCCUUGGCUGUUGUUCAUACGCUGAUCUCCUACGCCCUCACGAAUGGCUUAGAAAUCACCACCCUCGACGUGAAAGAGGGUGGCCUUGGAACCAAGACCCUGGUUCUGGAGAAGCUCCUGCCGGGGCAAAGGGUUGGAGCCAGCAGCUGGUACGAGAUGGCCAAAAGCAUCCUCGGCGAGGCCACUGGAGGCGAGAAGAGCGCCAUGAUCCUCCACGCAGAUGACGGGUUGCUCGCCUCCUCCAAGGGCGAAAGAGAACGGAUCAUUGGCGUUUUCGCCAAGAAGGUCAAGGUGCAAACCGGGACCCCCAUGGUGGAGGAAGGAGACACGCUGGAGUUCUUGAAGAGGAAGUACGUGCGGGUUGCCGCGGGUGUGGCCGUGUACUCCAACGGCAAGUACCUGGAGACACUCCUCAAGGCGGCCGGCUGCAACGCCAAAAGAAAGGACAGCCCAGCAGACCAGACCUUCCAAGAACCAGACGACACAAAGGAGCUCGACCCAAAGAGUGCCAAGAUGUUCAAGGAGUGCGUGGGCCGGCUCUUGUAUCUGGCCCACUCCCGGCCCGAUAUUCAAAUGGCCGUUUGCGUGCUGAGCUCCCGCAUGGCGCACCCAACCACUGGAGCAAAGAAGCAGCUUUUCCGUGUCAUUGGAUAUCUGGCUGGCGCGCCCGACCUGGGUUUCCUCAUCAAGCCAAUUGUGCCGGGGGCACGGCUGAAGUGGCCCGGCAACGGCUGCACCACCGAGGUGCCAAUCUACGAG